UCCUUCCACUGACCCCCUUCUCCAAAAUAUAAGCACAUCAAAUUUCAAUCAUCAAAAUAUGACGAAAUUCACAAAAAUCAUUUCCCUUCUCUCCACUCUCUUCAUAAUAGCAACAUUUUCUUCAACCCCAUCAAAUGUUCUUGGACGAAAAGUUGGGGGAAGAACUCCAAUCAAGGAUGUAAAAACAAACAAAAAAAUUCAAGACUUGGGAAAAUACUGUGUAGAAGAGUACAAUCGGAGUUUGAGGAAGUACAAACAGAUAUUGCAAGAGGACAAUAUUGAGUUUUUGAGCUUUGCUGAGGUUUUAGAGGCAGAAACACAGGUUGUUUCUGGGAUCAAAUAUUACCUUAAAAUCUCCGCAAUUGUUUCCUCGGGAAUUCCGAAAACGUUUGAUGCUGAAUUGGUGAUAAAACCUUGGGAGGAAAAGAAAGAAUUAAUUCACUUUUUACCUUUUCCUGCUCAUGAUAAAGACAGUAGUAUUAGUUAAUAAUGUUUUGUAAACUUGCUAUGGUCUUAAUCUGAUUAUAAUUACCGGCUUGAUCUGUUUGUUUUUACUUUAUUUCAUGUAGCUUGCAUGCGGUGUAUGUGAUACAAUAGUUAAUUACUCAAAUCAUAAAUCA